AUGCAAUUGUCGACCUCCCGCCUGGGAGGAUGUAUUCUCUUCAUUCUCUUCCAUCUGGUGCAUGCAGAGCAGCUCAUUGAAGCCAACGGUCUUACGGCAUGCCACGGAGCCGAUAACUCCGAGAUCACAAUCAACCACCUGAGUGCGGUGCUCACGCCUGGAAACAACUCAGUGAGCCUGGUAUUCGAUGGAUAUUCUGGGGUUGCCGGCGAUGUUGUCUUGGACAUCGAUCUCUUAGUGUACGGGUACAAGGCACUCUCGCAUCAGAUUGACCCAUGCAGCCUAGACUUGAAUGUCUUUUGCCCGAUGAAAGCGAUCGAGUUGCAAAUUCCCAAAUUCACCUACUCGUUUAAUAAGGGUGUACUUUCUCAAAUUCCAGGUAUCGCCUACACCGUCCCUGACAUCGAUGCGGUAGUUCGCGUCAACUUGAACAAAAAGUCUGGAGGGAGUGUCGCUUGUCUGGAAACCCGUUUGCAAAAUGGAAAAUCUGUUUACCAAGCCGGCGUGUCAUGGACACUGGCCGUCAUCGCUGGCUUGGGCCUCAUCGCUUCCACGGUUCUUUCACUUCUCGGCCACUCCAAUACUGCGACCCAUCUUGCUUUCCGAUCGUUGGCUUUCCUUGGCUUCAUUCAAUCCCAGGCAAUGGGAGGGUUGAUCGCUGUGGAAAUUCCACCGAUGGCGCAAUCGUGGAUCCAGAAUACUGUUUGGAGCAUGGGUAUUGUCAAAGCGGAGGCUCUGCAGACGAUUUCGACUUGGUUCCAGCGCGCUACGGGGGGUACACCCUCGUCCGUGCUUUCCGAAUCAAAUACUGUCUCAGUCGUCCUGCAGAAGCGCUCCUCUAUCCAGGCGCAAGCCAUGCAGUCAGGGAGUCAAAUCGUCUUGCGCGGCAUCAAGCGGGCUGGAGCACGAGCAUCCAUCACAUUGAGCAACAUCUUUAUGACUGGAUAUCUCUUUUACUAUUUUGUCACAGCACUUGUCCUCGUUUGUGUCGGGAUCGCUUUGGCCGUCCGCUUCGCUCUGUCCAAGAGAACGACCUCAAUUACGAAAUUGGAGAAGGCCGUUGGUGCCACCGCAGACUGGAAGACAGUCCUGCGGAAUACUUUCUUCCGACUUGCGUGCAUUGGAUAUCCCCAGAUGUGUGUGCUCUGUCUAUGGGAACUGACCCAAAAGGACUCUGCUGCGGAAAUCGUUCUAGCCAUUACCAUGUGGCUGGUGACGACCGGCGUCUUGGCCUUCGCUGCAUUCAAGAUUUUCCAACGCGCGAUUCGGUCUAAGCAGCAACACAACACACCCGCCUAUACGCUGUAUUCCGACCCAGCUACACUGAGCAAGUGGGGCAUCCUCUACAUCUACUAUCGUGCCCCAGUCUAUUGGUUCCUCGUCCCUGCCCUCGUCUACAUCGUCGUCAAGGGAAUGGUUGUCGCCUUUGGUCAGUCUAACGGAAUUGCCCAAUCUAUUGUUCUCCUAAUCUUGGAACUUGCAAUGAUGCUCGCAACCGGCAUCAUCAAGCCAUUCAUGUCGAAGGGAGCAAAUGUCUUUGCAAUUAUUGCGACAGUGCUCAACUCCCUCAACGCGAUCUUUUUCUUGGUGUUUUCGAACGUUUUCAAUCAGCCCACGCUCAUGACAGGCAUCCUGGGAGUGCUAUACUUCAUCUUCAAUGCGGUCUUCACUCUCGCGCUUCUCAUAUACCUCCUGGUUGGCAUGGUCUACGCUGUCUUCUCCAAGACGCCCGACGCCAAAUACCGGCCGCUGGCCGAUGACCGUGACUCCUUCCGCUGGUCUCGAACCGUAGGGACAACUGAGCUGGACCACCUCGAGAAGGUCGCAAGAGGCGAGGAUGCGGAGGCUCACCCGAACUUCCCUGCCGCUCACACUGCUCCACCCAGUGAUGAGGAUGUCUCAAUGGCUGCCCGGAGACCCUAUAACGAUGUGGUGGAUCCUUCGUUGCCAUUGUUCCCGACCAGUUACGACGGUGGUCGGCGCAGGUCGUAG